AUGACAUCUCCCACCACAAAAAACAUCCUCAUUCUCGGCGGCGGCAUCUCGGGGUUACAAACGGCGGUUUCGUUGCUUGAUUCCUCUUCAAAUAAUCAAUCCCCCCAGUACACAAUCACGCUCCUGGCGAAAUAUCUCCCCGGUGACAAGAAUGAAAAUUAUUGUUCGCCAUGGGCAGGAGCAGAUUGGAGAAGUCAUGCUGCGAAACCUGCUACUUGUAGUAGUGAGGGGCGGGAUGGAAAGGGGGAAAGUGGUGAAGAUAAUGAUAUAGAUGAAAGAUUGAGGAGAUGGGAGGAGAGGACUUAUCGUAAGUGGAAGAGUUUGAUUGUAGAGAAUGAGGAUGGGAAGGGAGCAAGAGGAAAUGAAAUGGAAAUGGGAAUGGGAAUGGCAAUUACACCCUCGAUAUACUAUCUGGGAUCUACAUACCACGGAGCGGAGUUCGACGAGAACGGUGUGUGGUUUGAGGAUGUGGUGGGAGGGUAUCGAGAAUUGGACGUUGGGCUGGAGGAAAACAAACUCAAGGGAUCUCUGGGGAAGGGUGUCAGAAAAGGUGUACAGUUCGAAACGGUGUGUGUGGAUGUAGAUAUAUAUUUGAGGUAUUUAAUGCAGAGAAUAGAACAGCGAGGAGGAAAGCUUAUCCGCGGGGAAAUCGAAACCAAGGAAGGAUUGGAAGGUGUGGUGCGCGGAUGUAGAGAUGUGCUUGCGGGAGAGAAAAUCGAUGUCCUGAUUAAUUGCACGGGACUCUCUGCCGCGCGAUUUGUGGGGGAAAGGGAAGCGGAGAAGAUGUUUCCGGUGCGAGGACAGGUUUUGUUGGUGAGAGGGGAAACGAGGGUUUGUAAGACUUUUGUGGGGGAUUUGGGGGUCAGGGGGGAUGAGUUGCUGUAUGUGAUUCCGAGGCCUGGGAGUGGGAGGAGUGUGGUUGGGGGGGUUAAGGAGGGAAUCACAAGCUUACCACACGAACCCCCACAGGCCAAUACCUGGAACGCAAACCCCGACCGCGAAUUAUCAAGUAGAAUAAUCCAGAGAUUAAAAGAUAUAGGAUGGGCUGAAGAUUUGCAGAAUGAGAAAGGGGAGAUAGAGGUUUUGGAUACGUAUGUGGGGUUUAGACCUGGGAGGAAGGGGGGUGCGAGGGUUGAGAUUGAGGAGAUGGGUGGGGAAGGGGAUAGUGGGAGAGGUGGAAAAGGAAAGGGAACAGCAAAGAAAAUAGAAGGUGUCUAUGUUAUUCAUAAUUAUGGACAUGGGAGUGGAGGGUAUCAAUGUAGUAUUGGGUGUGCGGAAGAAGUUGUUGAGUUGGUUCGGGGAUUGGAAUGA